AUGAGCAACCUAGACAUCUCCGACCCGCAGAUCGCGACCGCCCUUACCGACUUGCGUGCGGAUGAUGGCAAGCUUGAUUGGAUCAUCUUGGGCCUAGCCCCAAAACUCCCCAGCACGCCGCUCGACCACGAAACCGUCAUCCUCCUCGCAUCGGGGCAGGACGGGCUCCCCGAGUUCCAGCGCCAACUGGGUACCGCUAGCGUUAGCUAUGGGUUUGUCAAGCAUGAGAACCAUGUUUUCUUUGUUGAGGUUGUGCCGGAUAAGUUGGACCAUACGGCUCGAGCGUCGGCUCACAAGCACGGCCGCCAGAUCUCGUCGACGCUGAAAUCCUUCGACACAGAGCUCUCCAUCUCCCACCCCUCCGAGCUCUCCGACCUCGCCUCCACCCCCGUGGCCCCCACGCACGCCAACAACAGCACGCCGUACGUCACCCCCACCCAGUCCAGCAUCCCGCCCUCGCCCACGUCCCCCAGCCUCGCGUCCGCCUCCUCCGACGCCUCGCUCCUGCACCCGCCGUCGCACGCGGCGCGGUUGAACAAGAUGUCGAAUUCCGCUAAUUCGCUGUUGAGUACGGCGGGCGACGCGGAUCAGGGGGCCGUGGAGGAGAUGGCGAGACGGGUGAAGGAGAAUCUGGGGAUUAGGGAGCGGUGGAAUCAGGAGGUUGCGAAGGCGGUUCGGGUUGUCGAGGAGAGGAGGGCGAAGGAGCAACAGUACCAGCGUGAACGCUCUCUCAAAAAGGAAAGCCAAAAGGAAGCGUUCCGAGUCGAAUUCGAGCGAUUGGAGGAGUCCCACGCCGACGAACCCACCCUCGCCCUCUACGCCGACCUGAUGCCCUCCACCAGCCCGUACUGGAACCGCCGGUACCUCGAGAUCCACAACGAAAAGCUCUCCAUCUUCCCGGAACUCUCCUCCCCGCAAUCCCGUUACCCCUCCGCCCGUGCCAACCCCAAAAGCAUCGCAACCAUCUCUCUGCGCAACUCCACGACUCGGGACGCGACGGCGACCGAUGAGUGCGCGUUGCCGAAUACGUUGAUUGUGAAGGACGGGACGAGCGGGGUGGAGCAGUGGGUGCAUGUGCAGAGCGUGAGCGAGUUUUUGAGGCUGGCGGCGGCUGUGGAGAGGUUUGCGACGCCGGUGAAGGCGAGGGUCCAGUUUAGUUGCGUAGACCCCUUCGGGCUUUUGAAUGCAUGCUUGUUUGGGAAGUACGAACGGAAGCUCGCAAUGAAGCACAAGGGCUUUUUGCAAUCGCUCGAAGCACGCGAUGCCCACGAUUCCUCAUCCCACCCUCAAAUCGGAAAAUCCAGCGACAUCUUCGCAAGCAACGAAGGCGGUAUGUUCUCCAGACUGGGCGGUGACGGCAAGCUCGGCAUGAUGAUAUCGGCAUACGAUUUGGCGGGGAGAGGGUUGGGCUGGCUUUCCAAGGUGGGGGAAAUGAGCUCCGGGCCCUCACUGUAG